AUGAAUGCUUCACUGAAUAAUCCCGAAACGACUGUAUAUGUUGGUAAUAUAGAUCCCAAAGUUACAAAGGAAAAUCUUUAUGAACUGUUUGUACAAGUGAGCCCAAUUGCCAAUAUACGAUACCCCAAGGAUAAAGUGUUACAGUUGCAUCAAGGUUUUGCAUUUGUGGAGUUUUAUACACCUGAAGACUGCCAGUAUGUGGUACAACUACUGAAUAAUACGGUUCAACUUUAUGAUCGAUUCCUUAAAGUACGAAAGGCCAAUGUGCAAUCGAGUGGUUCCGAUACAAUCGAUGUCACUAUACAGCCAAUCGCGAAGGUUUUCGUGAAGAAUUUGGAUCCUUCCAUUGAUGAGCCUCACCUUUCUAGAUUAUUUGGGAAGUUUGGGCCUUUGGCAAAAGGACCGGAGAUAUUCUAUCUUUCUGAUGGACAGCUUCGAUGUGCGUACAUUUAUUUCAAAAAUUAUGAUCAUUCUGACCUGGCUCUCGCUACGCUGAAUGGCCAGUUGGUUGUCAAUAAGAAAGUUACAGUAGAUUACGCAUUCAAAGAAAAUGGUAAGGGCAAUGCCAAGUAUGGCGAGGAUGUAGAUAGAUUACUGAACAGAGAGGCCAGGAAACAUGGCCUACUAAAAUAA